AGUUCUGAAACUUUCAGCUCUCAGCAGGCAGGUUGAGAGAAUUUUAGAUUGAGACUGCUCAGCUAGUUAGCAUCCGGGUUCCCAACACCUUCCGACAUUUCUAUUUUUGCAUCAUCAAAUAGUGUGCGUAUUUUGUUAUUUGUUAUGAUAUGGUGCGUGUUUUCGUGUAAUUCUGUAUGAGGACUAAUUGUAUAGUGUAUAUAAAUUUCUAUGCUGUAAAUACACUGUUACGUCAUUUCCUCUUUGUUUUGUGUGUGUACGAAGUUUUUUAAGCGACCUCUUGCUUCAUUACAUUCGAAAGAUGGCCAUGGUUCGCCAACUGACAGAAAGUGAACUGAUUAAUGGUAGUACUCCAGAAGAUGAUAGCCAUUCGUCAGAGCAUAUGGAAUGCUAUAGUCGCCCACAGUCAUGUGCUUCAUCGGGAAGUAAAAGAGAUUCUCCUUCUGCUAGUUUGCCCCAGCUGCAGUACUCUAAAGAAGACUUGAUGAAAUUUUCUACUUAUCCUCUUUCUCAGAAUUGGCCUUCUUGUUUGGAUCCUGCUUACAACAACUCAACUGGAAAAUGGGACCCAGAGCGUUGGUUCAUGAAUCAUAGAAGUGACCGCGUUGGGCCAGUUGAGGAAACAAGAUCUAAGCGAGAAAGACAAGAUGACAGCACUGCUAGUCAUAAGCGAAAGUCUUCCGAUCCAAAGGAACGCAUUAAGGAUGAAAAGGAUGACAUUGUUCUGAGUCCUCAAAGGAGGAGUUUUGGAACAGGUUGUCAUGUGAUUCAGCAAUCAUCUUUGGCUCGAAGACCUGGUAGUCCCACUGAUUCUAGAGAUUUAGAAAGUUUCAGGGAUCCAUCCAGGAGAAUUGGUAGUGGCCGUAUUAUGACUCGAGACAGAGAUCAACGAGACUGGGAACGUGAUCGUGAAUAUGGAUACAACAGUGCAAGAACUGAGCGCCGAGAUAGAUUUGAUCAAGAAGAUACUGAAAAGGAUGUUCGCCGUUAUUCGAGUCGGUACAAUCGUAAUGACAGGAGAUCAAGGGGUCGUGAUCGCAUUGAUGAGGUUGAACCGGAAUGGUUUAGUGGAGGCCCUACUAGUCAGUCAGAAACUAUUGAGCUUGUUGGUUUUGAAGACCCUCAUCAUGAAGAUGAAACACGUAAACCUUCCAAGAAAAGUAGUAAGCGAGCCAAACAAAAUUCACGAAGAUCUAGCUUAAAAUCUGAAGAAGGUGAAAAGAUUGCAGAGCAAGUUGCCCAAGAAGAUAAUUGUGGGAGGAAAGGAAAUUCCUUAUCUGAAGAACCAAAGAAUAUAAUAGAAAAUAAGUCAAAAGAUGAGGAAGUUCAAAAUAAAACAAAUGCAGGUUUUGAUCUAGAUGAGUUAUUUAGAAUGGAUUGGAUACCUGGAUUUCUACCAAAUGAGUCUCCUCCAGACAAUGUAAAUAACGAAAUUGGAUGUAGCCGUUUUAGUCAAUGGUUUCGUCGUGAAAGCCCAUUGCCUGAGUCAGGAAACAAUAGUAGGCGAUCAUCUCUUCAUGAAGAACUUAUUGCGAAUGUGUUAAAUAGUAUUACUGAGCCUCAAAUCAUCAUACCAUCUCCAGUUCCAAAUUCUUCUGAUAAUUUUUUUGCUCCUAUAAGUCCAGCUAUAUCUCAAUCAUCUACUUAUUCAGUCUCACAAUCAGGAACAUCUAAUUGUUCAAAUAAUAAAGAUAUUAUGAAGAUGUUGCAGUCUGUAAACACUGGGGAUUCUUUAGGGGAAGGAGGACCAAAAGGCUCUAUCAGGUCUGUGAAAGAACUUGAAGCUGAUUUGAAACGAAUAGUUUUGGGUGAGCCGAACCAGCAUGAAGAAAGAUCUGCAUUUGAUAAAUUGCUACGGCACAUGUCUGAUUCACGAAGCUCACCUACUGUUUCAAUGAGUAUGGGUCCAUUAGAUAAAUCAAAGGCUCUGCAAGAACAAGAUAUUCUUCAAGAUAUCUUGGGAGGCCAUCAAACUUCCAUCUCACCUAUGCUUCAGCAAUUCCAAAUGUUCAAAGAUGACAAACCUAAUACUCAACCUUUAGCAGGUGGACAGCGUUCACAGUAUAAUAUGUCUACUAACCAAGCAAGAUCUGAAAUGCUUGCCCGUUUGGUACAACAGCAGAAACAAGAACAGCACUUACAGCAAGUACAACAACAACAAAUUCAGCAACAACAAAUUCAAAAUCACCUGCUCCAGCAAGCACAACAGCCACAAAAUGUUCAAGGAUUCACUGUUGACAUGUUGGCAAAAAUACUUGGCCCUUCUUCUCAAGCUCCUUUGAGUCCUGUAUCUCCCGGUGUCCAGCAAUCAGCAUCUGCACCAUCUCUUACGCGGAAUGAACCUCAAAUGCAGAAUUCUGUUCUGCAAUAUCAGAGACAAAGAGAGUUAUUGUCUUCAAUAUUGAAGCAACAACAGCAUUCUAACAAUGCUAAUCUAUCUCAGCCAAAUCUAUUGCAAACUAUCCAACAGCGUCGAUGUCCGUCCUCCAAAGAAAUUCCAGUUCAGCAGACCUUGGGAUUACCAACGUUAGGAAUAAGCCCUCGUCAGUCCCCAUUGCCUCCUGAAGCUAUCAGCUCAGCAAUACCAAGCCAAGGCCGAAUACCAUCACCUCUUGUUUUUGGGCAGCAACCACCUGCUCUAAGUCAUGCCCCUGCUCCAAUACAUCCUGCUGCUAUAGUCCAGGCUAUGGCACAAAAUGCUGCAAAUCCUAACACUUUACAAGUGCAGAAUCCAGUUGUUCUUCAACGUGUACCUUCACCUCAAGAACUUGCUGUUCAUACACAAUCCAUUUUGCAAAAUGCGUUAAUCAAACGAAAAUUAGAGGAGCAGAAGGAAAACUUUCGUAAAAGACAAGAGGCACAGAGAACAAGUUCUCCUAUUGCAAAUGCCAAGAAUGGAACAGCUAUCUCUCCAUUGAAGGGGCUCAGUCCUACUAUUGCAUUUACUCCCACUUCUGUAAUGAGGAAAAUCCAUUCAGAAAAGACAGAAAGUAAGGAGCAAAAAAUUUCUAUGCAAAAUGGAAAUAAAGCCCCAGGUGCUGGUGAUAUCAGAAUUGCAGACUCUUUGCAAAAUACUCAAAAACUCAGUUCAAUUGGAAUUUGUACGUCCCUCGACAAUAAUAUAGGUUUUUCAAAUAGUAUAGCAACCCCACAUAGUAAUAACGCAAAUCAGGUACCUCGAGCAGUUCAUGGCCAAGCACUCAGUCAACCAAGAUCUAUACAUGGAAUGAAUUCUGGACCACCCGUGAUUCUUCCUGGUCAAGGACGUCCAAUUGUUAAAGUAGGGCUAGGUCAGGGCUUGAAUUCUACAAGUGAUAUAUCCAGAACAAGUUCUGCAGCUAAUAAAGCAAGCAUUGGACAUAAUAAAUCAUUUAUGUCUAGUAAUAAUCAAGCUAAUACUGUUCAUCAUGAAGACCCAUGUUUCGAUUCAAUGGGAAAAUUCCAAUGGCAUCACCAGCUCUCACGUCAGCAAAGUACAUCUUCAGUGCCCCAACUACAGAUGGCUGCCGCUACGUAUGCAGCUCUCAAUCAUCGUCCUCCACCAGCUCUUAAUCCUCAUCAUCCUAACAUCUUACGACCAGUAAAUAUGGCAUCUCCUGCCAAUGUACCUGCAUCCAAUAUUAAUUUUCCACUGCUCAGGAAUGCAGUGCAAAAUCCCAUUAGAGGUAUUCUAAUUUAA